AUGGCUGACAGUGUAUCUGGGAAAGUUUCAGACUUUACAAAUCAACCAAACAAGGAAGUAAAAAGUUGCUCAUUAUUUUGUGACCCUUGUUACCAAGAUGGAGAAAACAAGGAGGCUGCAGGAUUCUGUGUGGAAUGUCAGCAUUAUCUUUGUGAUCACUGCUUCAAGUAUCACUGCCUUCCUAAAACAUCAAGGCAUCACAAAUUGCUGACGAAGUCAGAAAUGCCAAAGAGAAAGGUUGAUGAAAGUCUCUCUGAAACCUGUUCACAUCAUGAGGGAGAGAUGGUUAAAUUUUACUGUAAAACACAUGAGACAGUUGGCUGCAGCUGUUGUAUGAUCAUACACCACAAACCAUGCCUUGAAAUCUGUACCCUCACAGAUAUUGCUAAGGAUGUGGUCAUAUCACCUGCAUACAAAGAAUUCUGUACAAGAAUGGAGACAACUAAGACCAAUCUAGAGGAUCAGAUAAAAACAGCAAGAGAAAACAUAGCAGUACGUAUAUCUUGCAGAGUAAGAGCUCUUUUUGAAAUCAAAAAGCUACAGCAGAAAAUCAACAUGCAGUUUGAGUUGCAGAAGCAGGAGCUUGCAAAGGAAGCUGAAGAAAAAGACAAAAAUGAAAUUAGAAAACUGAAACAAGUUGAAUAUUCAGCCAAUGAUACAAAAAAUAUUCUUGAUAAUCUGAAAGAAGAUUUUCAAAUACUAGAGGAAACAAAACAAAGCAAACAGCUAUUCGUUGCAUUAAAGAAAAAUCAAGAGAAACUGAAAACUCUUGAACAAAAAGUGGCAGAUAUACAAAAAGAAAACAAAGUGGACAAAUAUUGUUUUAUUCCAAACAAGUUUCUCACCAGUAUGCUGAAAAAUGUUGAUGCUCUUGGUGAACUGUGUGUACAAAGCGAAGGGGAAUCAGAAGAGAAUCUGAAGAGUUUCUAUGGAAACUAUCCUGAAUAUGGAAUGCCAAGAGGUUGGCCUAUAUCAAAUGAAAAUGUAAUAAUACUAGAUACAAUUUACAAUCGUGUAAGGCUGUAUUCGAAAGAUGAAAACAAAUUGGUAACAGAGAAAGAAUUAACAUCAUGCCCAUGGGAUAUUGCUGCUAUUGGUGAAAACAAGUUUGCAUUUACAUUGCCAAAUGAAAGGAAAAUCAAAAUCAUGUCAGUUGAAGAUAAGGAGAUGAAAGAAGAAAAAGAAAUCAUGAUUGGUUCUAGAUGUGAGAGUAUACACUUUGCAGAGAACAAACUGUAUGUGGCAUGCACUAAACCCGCAGAAAUUCUAACUCUGGAUACGACAGGAACAGGUAUAAUACGAUUUGAUAUAAAAGAUCAAGCAGGUGAGCAGUUGUUCCAACAACCAGCCUAUAUAUCCUUCAAUGAUGAAAAUCAACUGAUCUGUGUCUCUGACAGAAAAGCAAGCUGCAUUGUAACUAUGGGAACUGAUGGGGAAGUGCAAAAUGUAUUUAGAAAUGAAGAUUGGAAAAUGCCUCUAACAGUUAUGACUUAUGACAAUGAGAUCUUAACAUUAGACUUUGAAAGAAUUAACAUGUCAGCCAUCGAUAUAGCUACUGAGGAAUGUCAAAUAAUCAACAAAUUUGCAAUUGGAUUAUCCAAGAUUGCAUUACUGUGGUACAAGUUUUUUUCAUUUGGUUUUCUCCUGGAAGAAGAAGACUGA